AUGGAAGCAGGACCGCUAACGCGAAAUUAUCCGAGUAUUUAUGAAUGUUUGACGAGCCAUAGUUCCUCCAUACCUCCGUUUGGCCUUCAGAGAUCUGUAAUUCCUGAUAACGUAGAAAUUACUCAAGACCCAAGCCAUGGUUUUACGUACGCUGAGUCUCCCAUGCAUUUGCCAAGCUUGAGGACGGGCGCGCACGAUUUUAUCCACACACUAUCAGGGGGUACCGCUCAAGGGGCAUUUAACCUGCAGACCAAUUAUCCUGUCCCAGCGGCGUAUUCGACGUUGGCUGCCCGUGGAAGAGAGUUCCUGCUACGCCGUGAACACACAGUAACGCUUCCCUCGGUAUCGUUACCAACUCACACCAUCUCCGCGGACGUGACAACUUCGUCGGCGAAUCUUGUUGUUCCACCACCGCCCCCUUCUGCGUUUCAACAAACGAUCUUCACAACAAGCAACGCUGCGCUCCAUGCCAUAAACAUCCCGAGUUUUUCAAGCACCACGGCUCCACCGCUGCCGUCGCAAACGUUUGGACAAAAUGUGCAACACGCCGCCAGUUUCACCAACUCAAGUCUCUCGAACGUUCAAGCGUCACCAGCAUCUGAAAGCAGCAACAGUAGCGGUGAUUCGUCAACAGAGACCUCUCGUGUAACGGUGAAUAUCGGUGACCCUCAAGGAAGUAUUACAUUGCCUCGUCCAAGCCCGCUAAAUGCAAUGAAAGCUAAUUUUGUUCCCUCACCCAAUAACGUUGUAUCGUCCAUGGAACUCUCAUCUAACGGCGCGUUCUUCCGUUAUAUAAGACCUCAGGAAAAGCAGGAGUUUGUGUGCAGAUGGACUCUUUUGCGAAACAAAAUAUCUGUUCCUUGCGAUAAGAAUUAUCAGUCUAUUCAAGAUCUGGUAAAACAUCUUUCUUUGGAACACGUUGGAGGGAGCGAUGGAAAUUCCUCCCACGUUUGUCUAUGGAGCGAUUGUCACAGGGAAGGCAAGCCGUUUAAAGCCAAAUACAAGCUUAUCAACCACAUUCGGGUCCACACUGGAGAGAAGCCAUUUUCGUGCCCUUUCGCAAACUGCGGUAAAACGUUUGCUCGCUCGGAAAAUCUCAAAAUACAUAAGCGCACCCACACUGGGGAGAAACCGUUCGUGUGUGAAUUUCCUGGAUGCAAUCGUCGCUUUGCCAACUCGAGCGAUCGGAAAAAGCAUUCGCACGUUCACACUGCUGACAAACCGUACCUUUGCAGAGCGCCGGGAUGUGGGAAAAGCUACACACACCCCAGUUCUCUUAGAAAGCAUUUAAAGAUGCACUUAAAGGCUGCUAAUGGCGAUCUUUCAUUGGACAGUAACGACAGCAUGGCGUUCAUCUCACAGGCGGAACUACAAUUGAACAAUGCUAACGCUUCUAGAAACAUUCAGCCAUGGCUUGCGUUGUCUCAGCAAUCAACAAAAAAUCCUAGUGCAUCGAAUUCUUUGGGUGUGAAAAUAGAGCCCUCGAACUAA